UAUGGUAUGUGUCGGUUUUCUUGCUUCAGGUUUAGAUCUAUGAUCUUAGAACUAAAUUGUUGUUUUUUUUCCAGAAUGUCGUCAAGCUUCCCGUUAAGGCGGGAGCCCCGUCUUACUGCCGGGUGACUCCCUAACAAAAUUACUUCUGCAAAAGGUGGUAGGGCCUUGGCAGGAAGGCGCCAUCACCUGCCUGCUGGUGGUCCAGUAUGGAUGUGACCUUCACCAACGUGCUGGAGGGUGCGCGCCAGUACUUCCAGGGCGUACCGACGGCCAGUGCAGGGGGCGGUGGUGGUGGAGAUCCAGCUUACUCGGAGCAAGGAGAUCAACCGCCACCUGGAGGAGGGGGCGGGUACUGGCAACAGCAACCUAAUCAGAAUGACCAGAGGGCGCAACAGUAUGUGGCCCAGCAGCAGUACCAUGAGCACUAUCAGCAACAACAGCAGCAAUAUCAGCAACAGCAGCAGUAUCAACAACAACUUCAGCAGCAUCAAGGAAACUUCCAGUUUUCCCGUCCUCAUUCUCGAGAAGCACCUUCUAACACCUCAACGUCAAACUCUCAAGUUCAGCAGCAACAACAACAACAGCAGCACCAACAACAGCAGCAUCAACAGCAGCAACACCAACAGCAGCAACACCAACAACAGCAGUACCACCAUCAAAGUACCAUCAAAUCUCCAGCACCCGGUGGUUCCCCUUAUCAGCAAGCGCAAUCUCCUUCAUCGAGACCCGCAUCCAAUGGCAGUCAUUAUAUGCCCAACUCACCUUAUCAACAACAAGUGCAUUCACCGUAUCAGCAAAUCCCUAGAGUAUCAGCUGGAGAACAACAAAUCCCUAGGGUGCCAUCUAGAGAACAACAGUUGCCUAGAGUACCAUCUAGGGAACAACAUAGCCCUAGAGCACCAUCUAGAGAACAAUCGAUCCCCAGAGUACCAUCUAGGGAUCAACAAAGUCCCAGAGCACCAUCUAGGGAACAACAGAUUCCUAGAGCACCUUCUAGAGAACAACUGCCUAGGGUACCCUCAAGAGAGCAACUUACUUCAAAGGAGGCAACAUUGAGAGUUCCACCUCAAGAGCACUUGAUGCAAAGGGGAGGCAGUGCUUCGAAUCAGUACCCGUCCAAGGAUCCUCCGUUGACUAGGGUACCGUCCCAAGAACACUUGAUGCAAAGAACAAAUCAGUACCCGUCCAAGGUACCUGCUCAGGAGCAAUUGAUCCAUAGAGGUGGCAGUACUUUGAGCCAAUACUCACAAAUGGCAUCCAGGGAAGCCCCAUUGGUAAGGUCGCAAUCCCAAGAACAGCUGAUACAGAGGGUCGGCCACUACUCAAAUCAAAGUACCAAAGACGUUCCAAUACCCAGAGUACCGUCACAGGAGGAGAUACUCCAUAGAAGUACGAAUCAUUACAUACAAAUGGCACCUAAAGAGGCAUCAUUAUCUCGGGUACCAUCUCAAGAACACUUGGUGCAAAGAAGCGGUAGCAGCGCAAGUCAUUUCCCUCAAGUUUCUGAUAGUUACGGCUAUGUUCAGUCACGACCUUAUUAUCCUCAGUCUCCAGUAACAUCGACGCAAAGUAAUAUAUUUUACAAGGCACCACCUUCCAUAUAUUCCAGUAAUACACAACCACAACAGCAACAGCCAUCUAAUCCGUACUACAAGCAUCUGUACACGUCACAGUCCCAAAGUUAUACUAAUCAACAACCAGAAGUACGCCACAACUCUCAACCAGAUCAAUCAGCGAGAACUACCCAUAAUUUGCCUCCUAUCGCAGCAAUAUCAAACUAUCAUUCCAGUAGAGCUGUUGCAAAAUCAACAGUACCAAAAACAAAGUCGUACCCGAUCACUACGACCUAUACUCAACCUCAAACCACGUCUAUCAUUCAGAGCACUCCAAAGAGUACGUAUGGUACUUAUCCUGUAUCACAGUCACAUCCCAGUUCAACUGUUGUGAGUACUACAAUUACUCCAAGUUACUAUGCAUCAGCGAAUCAAAGUCAGUCUUCCAGUUUAUACUACCAAGCGCCGAAAUCAAACAUAGUACCUCCCAGACAACAAUCUGUCGUAUCGUCCAAUAUCGUUGAGCAGAGUAGCUCUCCUGCGAAGACUGCGAGUACGAUAAAAAGAGAAUCACCGUUAGAUCUGUCAGUGAAAACAGUGAGAACCCCUGCUGACUCCACGUUAUGUGAUACAGAAAGUGAUAGUAAAGCAAAAAUAUUCAACAGAACGCCGUCUCUGUCAACGCAGAACUAUCCUCAGCUGGAUGUUGGUACCAUCAACAGAAACCUAACAGAGCGGUCGUCUCAGUUACCUAGUGCAACGGCUCCCAAAGUUGAGUUCCAUCCCAAUUUCAAUGUUCCUACGCUGAGCCAUCCUGCUAGAAGGUACCACAUGGACGCCAGGCCAAGCGCAGUACCUGAGAAAGCCCAUAGUAAUAGCAGGCCAGCGGCAUUUGAAACAAAGAGCGCAGCGUAUCAGGGUCGGUAUCCAACUGUGUCAGUACCAUCGGUAGCCCACGUAAACUCUUACAUACAAUCUUCAGAAUACGAUGCUUCUCGGAGGGUACCACCAGUAGCAAAUAGUAAUACUGUCAGUAGCAAUAGAGGUUACCAACAGGAAGCGUUCAAGAAAAGACCUGCGGAUGUGGCACCGUCGAUAAUUCCGAGUAAGAUAGCAAAGGUGGACACUUGGAAGAUGAUGAUGGACGAGACUAUUGAAAAGAGGUUUUCUUCGUACAAGCAGGAGCUGGCCACUAAGUCACCAACUCCUACAAAGCCACCUGCUGUUAAUGGCGAACUAAGCUGGACAUCGAAGGACUCCUACCCCUACCACGAACCACCUGGUACUUACGACCAGAAACCCAACAGUUACAACACUACACAAGUCCAGUAUCCAGCUCAAACUAGCAGCCACAGUCAGACAUACGUACCUUCACCUGCCGCUCAUCAGUAUCCAGGAUACGCUGGGUACUCUCAGCAGCAAAAUUACCUACAGCCGAGCUCCAGGUCUAAUUCUUCCAGUUCUUUGAACACCUUAACCACUUUGAAGAAUACCAUGAGUGGAGCUGUGGACAAAAGAGUUUUGGACCUGUUGAGGAACAGUCUGGAGGUUAAGGGUCAAAAGAAGUUGGAGCAACAAAAAACAUUCGAAAACUUCGCCCAGCAUCCCAGGCAAGACGUUCAGCAUCCGUCAACUGACGUCACUGCUCCUCUGCAACCCAAGCCAGGCAUGACGGGCCGAAACAACGUUUCCCCCUUUACUCCUACGAGUUUUCCUGAAAACACGUCAAUGUACAAGUUCAACAUCCCUAAAGCUGUGGACUCUGUGGAUAAAAGUAUGAACGUUGACAAGCAACUUGCUGAUACUGUGAUAACUAACCAUUCUGGCUCGGAUCUAGACGGUUUAGCUGCUUUCUUGGCUGCCAGGAUUCGUACCAAAGGGGAAUUGAAACAAGGAGGACCUGUUUUGAGUAACAAUAAUGAUAAUAACGCGCAGAAUGCUACAGAAAAGUCACCAGAUGCUGAAAGCCCAAGUAGCAGCAAUGGUGGUACUUCUGCGAAGGUUAAGGACAAAUCAGGUGCUGCUCCAAGGAAGCGACUUUUCAGUAGGUGUGAUGAGGAUACAGGAUUGGUACCUUCACGAGAUAAAUCGGGUCUGAGGAGUUCUUCGGAAACGUCUAUUUUCGAUUUCCCAGACUCUGAUUCUGAAAACGACAUCCGAGAUAGUAAAGAAUCGCUAGAAGCUAUGAGAAAAGGUAGAAGGUCUUCGAAACAAAGCAAUCAACCCUUAGAUCUCAAACCUGAAUCGCCACAGCCUAGGCCUCAAAGUCCCGAAGACGAUAUGUUCGCAAAACUAUGCGACACGUUCGUUGAGCAGUUGAAGAAUAAUCCUGUCAAGAAGAAGCCGCAAAGAAGGAAAAGAGGCGUCGAACCAGAAGUUCUAGCCAAGCUUGAGACUGUUACCAAAGAAAAACCUUUGGAAACCGAGCCUGAAGUCAAAGUAAAAGUCGAGCAAAAAGAUGAAGAAGAGCAAGCACCUAAGCAAGAAGAAACGGUCACUGAAGUUCCUAAAAUCAAAGAAGAAGUUGUGGAACCCCCGGAAGUCCUGCCUGCCUCUCCUGGAAGGGAAACUAGUUUAAUUGUGAAGCUAGAAAAUGAGCUUCUGGAAGCUGAGGAAGAUGAAACUGAAAAGGAAGAUCCUAUAUUUGUUACUAAGAAACAACAAGCCAAGAAAAGACUGAUUUCGUCCAGUGAGAGUGAGACUGAAGAGAUCAAAGUCAAAGAAGAACCUAAGGCUGAGAAACCUCCGGAGAAUUCAGAGACACAAUCAUCGCCCAAGAAAGAUACAUCUCUGGAGAUCCCCCCUUUUAUCAGACCUGCAAAGAAACCAGCUUUCGGCGAUGGUUCCAGCUUCUAUCCAGGUUGGGAAGAGGGGGUUUAUAAAUACAAGAAGUCUCUACGUAUGCCUCCGACUUUGAUCCAGGUGACAAGGCCUCCACAGUUCCAUAGACUGUCCACUUCUCUUCCAGAUUUGGAUCCAUGUCCUCAGUCACCCACCACGUCUUUGCCGGCAGAACCUGAAAAGGAGUCUGCAGAGAAAAUUAAGUUGAAAAAGAUUAAGUCAGAGUCCUUGGAUAGUGACAACGAAUCAAACUCAAGCUUUAAUUUAUUCAGUAGGAAAACCAAUUAUGACUCUGAAGGCAGCGCUUCGAUCAAGAGCCUGCCCAAUACUGCAAAGGAGAUGUCCAUAUUGGACAGGUUGCUGGAAAAAUGUGGCGGAAAAAAGAAAAAGAGGCACAAGCGAAAAGAUGAUCACAGUCCCAAAAUCAUCCCCAAAUCUGAAGAUGCCUCGCCACUACUUGCAACUCCAAGUUUAGAAAUUAAAGCAGAAGAGGAUAAAGAAAGCAAGAAACUCGCGUCGCCUAUCAUCAAGACUGAAUCGGCACUAUUGGGCUUCAGGAAGAGUACUAUCAAUAAUUUCAAAGACGCUUUCAUCAAGAAUGCAAACAAUAUUGUUGGGGUUCAUGACCAGUUUACGGCCGUUGUUCUCAAGAGUAGGACAAGAAAGGAAACUAGGGUAUUGAAACAACGAGCUACCAUCAAGGAAGUGUUUGGUGAAGAUAGACCUGCUUCAGCUCCCCCAGUAACGUGUCUCAAUGAGAUACAGGUGAAAGAAGAGGCUCCCGAGCAAGCUAGCUCCAUGGGUAAUUUAGCAAUAAAACAAGAGAAAGAAGAUGACGCAGAUGAUACAUCUAGCCAAGAUGAUAGUCCCGAAACGAAGCAGACUUUGAAGACAAAACUGUUAACAAAAGGCAAGAAGAAGGAGAACAGUUUGCUGAAGACUCUCGUUGAGAAGAAGAUAAAGACUGAUGUGCAAGAAGAGAUAGAAGAUGAUGUUAGGAGUUUGGAAGAUGUUGUGAUUAAAAGGGACCCUGAUGAGAGGUCUGACAGCAUGUCUAUGGAUGGUGAUGAUAAUAGCAUAUCAGGAAAAAGGAGGUCAAAGUUCGGAAAGAUGAGAAGGAAAUUGAGUUCAGGAUUUGAUUAUAUUCGGAAGAAAAAGAAAGUCAAGAAAGAGGCGAGUGAGAGCGAGAAUGUAGAAAAGAAGAAAAAGAAAGUCCAAGUAAUGAAGACGCCAGAAUCUAUCGAUGAUAUUCAAAAAGAAAUCAAAAGUUGGGUGUUGAAUAAAGGAAUUGGUGAGACGCAUCUGCACAGAGCUGCUAGGUUAGGAUACACGGAUGUGAUGGCGUAUUGCCUGGAAAAACUCCAAAACAACCCGUCUCCAAAGGAUAACGCAGGAUACACUCCUCUUCAUGUGGCAUGUACCAGAGGUCAUUUGGAGAUUGCAAAGUUGCUACUUAUGUAUGGUGCUGAUCCUGGGGAAGGCGCACAAGGUGGUAUUAGGCCUCUGCAUGAAGCAGUAGAAAACGGCUUCGUCGAAGUUACCAGACUCCUUUUAGCGUAUGGGGCGGAUCCAACCCUGGCGACAUACUCUGGUCUCACGCCUUUGGCUUUGACCAAUGAUGAGACUACCAAGCAUUUCCUCAAGAAUCAUCUGAAUGAUAUUGAGGGCGAGCCUAGCGAUAAGUGGAUCUUCUAUGGACCUGCUUCAUGUUUUGAUCAUCGGGACCAAUUGGGUUACGACAUCCUAGACGAAUGUCCAGAACCCGAUUCUCCUUUAGAACCCGAAGACGUUGAUUUCGAGAUAUCGGAACAACUGUUACCUAACCUGUAUACGCUAAGAGGGGAAAAUCAAUCUGAACGGUGGGUGCUGGUACAAGAACUGUCCAACAUUCUCAAAAUUAAGUCAAGGGACGCUCUCCUGAAGCAGAUCGCCCUGCCAUCUCCAGCCUCAACAUCUGGUGGCGCUUCUGGGAACUACAAGUCCACCAUGCGUGAACUGAAAAUGUCCGACUUCCUGGAGCAGGCGAGCUGUUGCCAGCUGUUCAACUCCGGUGAAAAAGUCAACACACGCGCAAGCAAAAUAGCGUUGGUGCGGUAUUCGGCCAAAGUGAAGGAACUUUUAGGAGUACAGAUUGAGUCAGUACCUGGAAGGUGACAGGAGGCCCCCGUGGAAGGUAUUGCAAACAAAAAUUAAAGGUCGUAGGAUCAUGAGAUGAGAAAAGUUGGAAAAUAGGUCUGCUAGCACUAGGCAUGUCAGACGGUUAGAUCUCAUGGGGAGUGUUUUUUUUUUUGACUGGGAGUUCUGGCCAUUGUUUAAAAAUUGGCAAGAGAUGUAAAUACUGAUUUUCCAAAUUGCACCAAAUACCAUAUAUAUUAUACAAAAUAAAAAUCUUUGGUUAAUUUCAAAGUGAUAUCAAAAUACAGAAGUAUCUAGAAUGUUUAUCUUUUCAUGUACUACUUAGGAGCUGAAAAUAUCAUGUUUGUUAGGGAUUCGAGCACGCAUAGUGGAAAAAUAUUUCUUCAUAAGUAUCAAUCCCAAAGCAGACUAUCAUCAAACUUUUGCUUACAUCUCAAGUCCUACGACGAAUUUUUCCUCGCCCCCUGUAGAAGGGAUAAGCUUUUAUCGAUGGUGAAAAUAGCGUGAUAUUAUUUUCCAAUUGUGAUUUCGUUUGCAAUGUUUAUAAUCGGAAUGUGCAGGAUGACUAAAAAUGCUAGAAUCUCAGUUUAUAUUCCAAUUUGAUAAAAUACAAAAACUUUCAGAAAGUUUAGAAUCAAAUUUAUUAAGAUAAACCCAUAAUUAAGCAUUAUGUUCUUGAAAAGAUUUACACUUGUUGUUUACUUCUUUUUAUUUAAAAAAGCAAAAUUAUAAAUACUUUAUUGGUUGUUAAUGAAAAACAAAAGUGAAGAACAUAACCUGACUGAAAUAUAUCUUGUUCGGAGAUUCUAUUUUUGACCACCCUGUAUAAACGUUUGGUGCAACAUAAAAGACAUGUUAAACACACGUAUUAUUUUUAUGUUACAGCUUUGUGUCGAUUUUUUAUAUAUAGUUUAUUUAUUUUAAGAGUAUGUUAUUUUUUCGAUUAGAAAUAAGUUACCAGCUUAUUUUUCCUUUAGAACCAGACGUGAGUCCGUAGUUUCAAUCAAAACUCUCAAGGUGGGUGAGAUAUAUCUAAAAGAUCUUGUGACCAGAAAUACUAACAAAUUAUAAUUUUUUGUUGAAUUUAAAAUUGUUUUGAUUUGACGAUAUUUUUGUGUAAUACAUUUGUUUGUAAUAAAUUUUACUACAUGUGACUAGUAGAGUGCAAUUUCCCCUCCCAUUUGUAUGUAUAAAAUUUAGUAGUGAUGUACCGAGUACUAGUUUUUCCGAAAUGCUGAGUACCAGGUACUCGGCGCAAGGAUUGGCUUCUGGUUAUGUCAGCUACUGUUGGUCAUGUUAAGAUUAUAUUUCCUUGUUUGAAAGGUCCCGUUCUUUUCAAAAUCGAUUUACUUUUCCGAAAAAAAUAACGCACUACAAAAGGCAAUUGCGUAGCGUAGACAAUUUUUUGAGAAAGCAGCGUCGCGGCGCGUCGGAUGUUAAUGAAUUAACGGUAUUUUUGGAUAUUUUUCUUUUUUAAUAUUCAAGUGCUGUAACAGUUAGGAAUACUUUUUUACAGUGGAAUUCGGUAGCUACAAUAUUAAGUUAAAUUGAAACCAUAUCUUGACAUUUUAUGUUUGCAACAUAUGUUUUUUAUUUACUUUUCAAUACUUCCCAAUACAAAUGAAGCAAAAGAUAUAUAAACUCAACAACUUAAAUCUACCGUUACACAGGGUGGUCGAUAUGUAACUGACUGGUUUGUAUCUUGAAUAUUUGUGAAAUGAAAUAAAAUACGUCCAUUUUUUGAUCUUAAUCUUUUAUUGAAACUUGGAGAAAUUAUAUAUGAAAAAUAAUAUCAGACAAAUGUCCGCUUCUAGUGCCGCGCAAACCUGAUUACAUUUUGCAUAACUUUUUGGUAGGUUUCGGGAGGAAUAUUUUCAAUCGCUUCCGUAAUAUUGUUCUUCAGCUGCUCUACAGUAUUUGGUUUGUUGGCAUAAGCCCUAUUUUCCAAAAAUCUCCAUAUAAAAUUGUCAGGAACCGUUAAAUCCGGUGAUCUUGGUGGCCAGUUGACAUCACCAAAUUGAGAAAUUAAACGUCCCGGAAAUAUUGUUCGCAACAGAUUCAUUAUUUCCCUAGCUGUGUGACAAGUUGCUCCGUCCUGCUGGAACCACAUGUUUUGCAGAUCAAAUUGUUGGAUUUGAGGAACCCAGAAAGUCUUGCACCAUAUCACGAUAACGCUUGUCAGUGACAGUAAGAGAAUUACCUGCAGCACCUUCAAAGAAGUAAGGUCCAAUGACAUGACACCUUCAUACCAAACACCGCACCAAACUAUUACUCGACGAGGAUGUAGUGGUCGUUGAUGGAUGACACGAGGGUUCUCUAAUGCCCAGAUACGACAAUUCUGCUUAUUAACAAAUCCGUUCAUAUUGAAGUGGGCUUCAACGUUCAUUAUCUGUUGUCGGUAAAAAACCUUAUUUUAGGCUGUAUUAACUGAAUUUUGUAUGGCCGCAAAUGCAAGUCUUUUUUCAAAGCAUACUGCAUAAUGAUGUGCGACGAAUACCCAGUUCUUGAGAGCGAUGUCUGGUAGACGUCUCAGGGCGCUCCACUACGCUUUCACGAACUCUCUCUUAUUUGACACUGCUGUUGACACUGGGCACAUUAUUUCGACCGAAAUCUUGUAGUAGCUUCCGAAUCGUUGCAACAAUCAACUCAUUAUUCAAGUAAAAUGUUUUAACAAUACGGACGCGGAUGAUGAAUUGGACACAUGUGCUUUAAACAACUACUACGGCGCCACCUACUGAAAUGGCGCGCAAUUUAAAUCAGUUAUAUAUUGGCCACCCUGUACAACUGAAUUCAAAAAACGCCUAUAGCCAUCUAAAAUCAAAUGUUCACUGCAUCUGUGCAGAACUUAUGGAAGACGACAUAAGUGCCUUCUAAUUUUUCAUCUAUCCUGUGUUUUUAUCUUCAUUGAUUUAAUAUGUGCUUAACCUUGUGAUUAUUUAAUUAUCUGUUGUGCUAUAUAUAUUUUUAGAUUUUUGUUUAAUAGUUGCGUGUAAAUCAAUUGUUACUAGUAAUUUGUUAUACCGUCUAUUUAGACUUUAUUUGUGAACCUUUUGAAGUAUUUAUAUACAUUGCAUGCAUCAACAGCAAAAUAAAUACGACUACUACUAAUUAAAACUGCUGGAUCUCAUAGCGGGAGUAAUUCAGAUUUGAUAAGGUUUGCUUUGCAAAGGCUAGGGAUAUUCGUUAUUCACUUUACUUUUCGACAUUUGCUGCAUUUUGUUUAAUUUCAUUUAGGUUCUUAUUGUUUUUUGAGUGUUCAAAUGAAAGAUAGAAAUCCAAGUUGAAUAUAAAAAAGGCAUUAAUUACUACAAUGUCGUAUCAGAUUGAACUGCUCACUGCUCCAUCAGCUAAUUUCUUAUGAAAAAACCUUAUAGUAAGGGGUUUCCCAAUAAGAACGAUAGGAUUUGAACUUGAAUGGCUUUAUUUGAUAGUGUUUUUUAUGCCAGUUAUGAUUUAACAAUACAUCUCUCUGUUUGCACUGGUUGAUCCGGUCACAUCAACUUCCAAUGACACUGUGCAGCAUUUCGGCUGGUAUGGCCACUAUAGUUAAUUGAACAUUGCGUUCAAGGUCUUGAAUUGUUGCUGGGUUAUUGGCAUACACUUUAGUUUUAAGAUACCCCCACAAAAAUUGUCUAAAGGUGUCAACUCGCACGAUCGUGGCAGCCAACUGUGAGGUCCGUUUCGUGAAAUAACUGACUUGCCGAACUUAUCACGCAGUAAAUCCA